ACCGCGCGCGCCGCCGCCGCCAUGUGCGAGCGGGCUCCGGGCGCCGCUGCUGGGCAGCUGGAGCGGUUCCUGCAGUCGCACCCGGCCUUGCGCCUCAUCCCGCCGGGGAGGAAGGUCCGGUGCACGUUGACAGGGCAUGAGCUGCCCUGCCGUUUGCCCGAACUCCAAGCCUACACCAGUGGCAAGAAGUACCUGCGGCUCAGCAAGGCGCCAGGGGUCCUGGACUACAGCGAGUUUGAGCCACACAUUGUCCCCAGUACCAAGAACCCCCAUCAGCUGUUCUGCAAGCUCACCCUCCGGCACAUCAACAAGAUACCGGAGCACAUCCUCCGCCACGUCCAAGGCCGGCGCUAUCAGAAGGCACUGCACAGAUAUGAAGCGUGUCAGAAGGAGGGCGUGGAGUACAUCCCGGCCUGCCUCCUCCAGAAGCAGCGACGGCGGCGCCAAGAGCAGCAGGAGAACCUGCCAAGCAAGGGCAGGCAGCCUGGCCGCAGGGAGGCGUUCUGGGAGCCUCCGUCCAGCGAGGACGGGAGCGAGUCUGAGGACAGCAUGAGUGACCUGUACCCACCUGAACUUUUCCCAGAAAAAAAUCUGGCAGAGAAGGAAAGUGGCAUGACGGAGAGUGAUGAGGAGGCAGCCAGGCCGGCCGUGGAGAACGGCAGCGUGAAUGGAGAGGGAAGUGGGGCGAUGGAAGUGGAUUCGCAAGUGGGCACUAAAAGGGGAAAGAAGCAAGCAGGCUCUCUCAAGAAGAAGUUCAAAAGUUGGAACAGGAAACCCAAAAGCUUUGGGAAGGCUGUCAGUGGGAAGUAGGCAUUUCCCACAUGGCAAAACCCAGUUCCCUGUGCAUGAGGAAGACUGGCACCGAAGAUCGGAACCGGAUUGGUCCAGUUGUUGUGUCUGCUUUAGGCAAAAUGUUUUUUCUCUUUGGGAAACCAAAUAAAUGUGGUUAUAUUUGGUUAAAGAAA